CAGACGGCGCGAGGCUAAUGGGGCGCGCCCGUGACGUGGCAGCGGGCGCCAGGGCGUGCUGAAUGCUCGCGAUCCUGCGAGAGGGCUCUCGAACUUUCUGCGUCGAUACAAAAAGCGCGCUGUCGCGAGUCAACGCUCAGAUCUGCAGAGUUGCGUCUCAUUUCUCAAAGAGACCGGAAGAAUAAAGCGGGAUAAAAACUAUAUAUCAGCACAGAGGGUGGCUUGUUAUUUCAACUGCGUAGUAAGUUUUGAGUCACGAAACUAACCGAAAGUCGACGGAGCGGAGGCGACGUAAAUAAAGGACUUUAUCUGUACUGUGGACCGAAAGGCGAACCGGAGUCAUAAGGGGACUUUGAAGGAGAACGGUGGGUUUAACGUUAUCUAGAUGGUAAAAAUGGGUAAGGAUUACUACGGCGUACUGGGCAUACACAAGGGUGCGUCCGACGACGAGAUCAAGAAGGCAUACCGAAAGCAGGCUUUGCGCUACCACCCGGACAAAAACAAGUCCCCGGGGGCUGAGGAGAAGUUUAAGGAGGUGGCCGAGGCCUACGACGUCCUGAGCGACCCCAAGAAGAGGGACGUGUACGACCGCGUCGGAGAAGAAGGACUUAAGGGAAGUCCCGGUGGUGGCGGUCCAAACGGGACCAGCUUCAACUACACUUUCCAUGGCGACCCACACGCCAUGUUCACAGAGUUCUUCGGGGGGCGUAACCCCUUCGAUCACUUCUUCCGCAAUGGGGGUCCAGAUGAGGACAUGGAUGUGGACGACCCUUUCGCCAGCUUUGGCAUGGGUGGGUUUGGGAGGUCUUUCGGCUCAAGGAGUGGGGGCCUGGAGAAGAAGCAGGAUCCGCCGGUGGUGCAUGAGCUCCGGGUGACCCUGGAGGAGAUCUUCUCGGGCUGCACCAAGAAAAUGAAGGUCUCCCAUCGGCGGCUGAACCCAGAUGGGCGCACCACACGGACAGAGGACAAGAUCCUGACGGUGGAGAUCAAGCGGGGCUGGAAAGAAGGUACAAAGAUCACGUUCCCCAAGGAGGGUGAUGAAACGCCCACCAACAUCCCCGCUGAUGUGGUGUUCGUGCUGAAGGACAAACCGCACAAUGUGUUCCGCAGAGACGGCUCGGACAUCAUCUACACAGCCAAGAUCUCCCUCAGAGAUGCGUUGUGUGGCAGCACAGUCAAGGUCCCCACACUGGAUGGCCAGACGGUAACUGUGACAACCCAGGAUGUGGUGCGCCCUGGGAUGAGGAAGCCAAUGAGCGGGGAGGGGCUGCCACUGCCCAAGUGCCCGGAGCGGCGAGGAGACCUCGUGGUGGAGUACGAGAUCAAGUUCCCCGACCAGCUGAACCAAAGCACACGCGAGACACUGAAGCGGGUGCUUCCAGCCUGAGGGUAGUGCCCAGCUGGCUGGUUACAGGGGGAGUCUGUCGCAUUUUCCCCAGUAAGACUUCUGAGGUCAGGGAUAAGGGGUGGACAUGCUGUGCAUGGCUUUACAGUCCCCCCCAUUAUUCAGCCGUGCGUAACCCCAUUAUCCUUGACAUUCCUCGGAUCCCCUUCUCCCCCAGAAUGUGCUGCUGGAAGAACUGUUCCACAUUACAUUUGUGUCCCCAGCUGCAUGGUCUCGAGUCGCUCUGCACACUACUUUGAGUCGACACCAUGAUGGUGUCCAUUCAUCAGGUCUCCUGGGUUCUUGAAUGGCCCCUUUGAUUUGGCCUGGUCAGGCAGUCGUGUGGUCCACUCUCCAUGCCCUUGUACUCUUAGGAUCCCAGCUGCUCACUCUGCAUCCGGCGCGUCUCCAUUUAGGGCUGUCUUACAGUAAGACUCUGACUGCAGGUUGGCGCCUGGGGCGACUCAGGGGUGCCUUUGACGUACAGGAACUUAUGGUCACGGUGGGUAUGAGAUGCAGACUGGAUGGGGUCACGGCUGAUCAGCUUCAUGUCAGCCCCUCGUGGCUGAGGCUUUUAACUAGACCGGUUCAAAACCCCCACCCCAAAAAAAAUAGAAAAUGCUGUACAUACAGAUUGUUAGGCAGUAGGGGAUGGUUUAAGUGGGAAGGCCAAACAUGGAGCUCAUUAGGCCAGGGUGGCUUUGUUGGCGAUGGUACCUCUGAAAUGAGAGGGACGAGAACAGGCCCCUCCCACCCCUGUGGGAUGUGUAGGGUUACUUUACUGCAGACUUGAAAGUACUAAUCUUCUCUCUUAUGCUGGCUUUUUCACCUUCUUGAUAUGUUUUUCAAUAGAGGGGAUUUGAGGCGCAGUGUGACAGUUGUAAAUGGUUUUUUAGUAUCACAGUGAUCUCCAGACCACUUCCUUGUGAAGCUGUAAUGGACCAACGUCUGUUAAUGCCAAGUCAUGGGCACUAGAGGGAAGAGUGAAGUGCUGCUUUGAGCUCCUUCCAUUCCGGCACUAGGCACAAGCUUUCCCAUGGUACACAAUUAUUUUCCAACAUCUGUUGGUUCUUGCAUAUAUUUUGGAUAGUUCUGACACUUUGAGUGUAACUACUGCAGUAGUCAAAAGUGGCCAAGACUCUGCUAGCUGCCUGGACUCCUACAGAUUUUAUUUUAUUUUUUAAACCUUAAAUCCAGGAAGAUCCAGUGCUGGCAGUCACUGAUGGAUGGAAAGCCAGCUUAGUGUCAGCUGGUUGAAACCUGGCCAUCCUUCACUUCCAGGUCAUUGUUUUUGUAUCAUACAUGUGUAUUAUUAUUGUUAAAAAUAGCUUAUUUUACAGAAUAAAGUUAUUGAACAUAG